AUGUCCGACCUCGCAGACGUCCUCAAGAUCUCCAUCCUCGGAAACGAGUCGAUCCACGCCGGUUUCCACCUCGUCGACUACAUCUUCCACACCGUCCUCACCACCCUUCCCUCCACCACCUAUGCCCUCAUCACCGACACCAACCUUGCAAAGCUCUACCUCCCCCAGCUGGAGGAGGCUUUCGCAAAGGCCGCCAAGGACACCGGCUCCAAGGCGCGCUUCCUCGUCCACCAGGUCGCUCCUGGUGAGGGAGCCAAGUCUCGCGCUGUCAAGGCUGAGAUCGAGGACUGGCUCCUCAGCGAGAAGUGCACCCGUGACACCGUCAUCCUCGCCUUUGGUGGUGGUGUCAUUGGUGACCUGACCGGCUUCGUUGCUGCCACCUUGUAA